AGGGGUUAAUGUAGUGCACAGAGAGGGAGGGAAGGAGUGCGCACACUGGACCAGUUGUGCCGAUCAGUCCCGCAGAGGCGAUGGCCUUUUUUUGUCAAGAGCUCUCUUGUCUCAUACAGGACACUCUCCCUCGCAUUCACUGUCGGGGCAGUGGCACACAAAAGAGAGAGAUGGAUUUUAAAAGGCGUCAUUCUUCCCCGGCUGGGUGUUGACUGUGGGCUCCCUGUGUGGAUCAUUGUUGAAAAGUAGGAGGCGGAGAAGAACACGCGUCGUGGAGAGGACUAUUGAGGGAUUUUGUAACCAUCUCUUCACCCACUCCCCACACUCUGCUCUUUUGGCUGGUUUUGGAUGAGGCACCCAAACUUUUUACGCAUCGCUUUUACGCACCAACAUAAGGAGACGCGACCGACACAAACCGCUGUCAGAGUAGAGUAACAAGAUGUGACGUCUUUAUCCUGUUGAUUAACUUAAAAGAAAAGCAAAAGUGCGGAUCUUUCUUUAUGUAAUUCUCAAGGAUGCCGGUUGAUAACUUGACAAACAUGGAGGAAAAACUAUGGAUAUUGCAGGACCUCAAUAUGAUGUACAUCCGUCAGAUUGCUCUCAGUUUGCAGGACAGUGACAUCCAGAAAAAAAUCGACCAUGAGAUCAGGAUGCGUGAUGGGGCCUGCAAGCUGCUGGCUGCCUGCUCGCAGAGGGACCAGGCCUUGGAGGCGGCCAAGAGCCUGCAGACGUGCAGCACCCGCAUCAUGGCCUACAUGUCCGAGCUGCAGAAGAUGAAAGAGGCUCAGGUCAUGCAGAAGGUCACUCGGAGGUCAUCAGACGCUGGUCCCAUGGACGACAGACUCCCAUGCAAAGGGAAAGUGGCCAUAUCAGAUCUUCGUAUUCCUCUCAUGUGGAAAGAUACAGAGUACUUCAAGAACAAAGGAGAGCUCCAUCGCUGUGCAGUGUUUUGUCUCCUGCAGUUGGGAGGAGAGAUUUUUGACACCGACAUGGUGAUAGUGGACCGCACGCUUACAGACAUUUGCUUUGACAACACCAUUAUAUUCAAUGAAGCCAGCCCAGGGUUUGAGCUGCGCAUUGAGCUGUACAGCUGCUGCUCAGAGGAGGACUACUCAGCAGGGAGUACGCCCAGGAAGCUCGCCAGCAAGCUGAGCUCCUCCUUGGGUCGUUCGGCUGGGAAGAAGCUGAGGGCGGCCAUGGAGCCUGGACCAUGCAGUCCUGUGAGCAAUGGAGGGGCAUCUCCUCUUCUGCUGCCUGUUCCUUCUGUACCGGGCCCUAAGUACCACCUGCUGGCUCAUACCACCCUGUCGCUGUCACACAUCCAGGACAGUUUCCGCACACAUGACCUCACCAUCUCAGGCAACGAGGAGUGUUCAUACUGGUUGCCUCUCUAUGGAAGUGUGUGUUGCCGCCUUGCAGCUCAGCCUCUAUGUAUGACCAAGCAGAUGAUGAGUGGCCCUUUGAAAGUGUCGCAGUUGGGAGGCGACCAUCACAGUUGGACUAAAGUGUUCGCUGUCCUGAAAGGAACCAGCCUCUCCUGCUACCAACGACAAGAAGACGUGGAGGACACUGUUGACCCAGCUUUUACUAUUGCCAUCAACAAGGAGACCAGGAUACGUGUCGUGGAGAAGGACGCUCAGGGCAAAGCUCAGAACGUUUGCGUCAGUAACCAGUAUGGCGGCGAAGAGGUCACGCACACGCUGACCACAGACAAUCGGGAGGAAACGCACAGGUGGAUGGAGGCCUUUUGGCAACACUUCUAUGACAUGAGCCAAUGGAAGCAGUGUUGUGAUGACCUGAUGAAAAUUGACCAGCCGUCACCAAGGAAACCAGCCCCUGUCACACCAAAGCAGGGCUCCCUUUACCACGAAAUGGUUAUUGAGUCUUCAGAUGAAUUCGGCAGCAGCGUGUCAGACAUGUUGGCUCGGAGGAUGCAGGAGUUGGAGCUACGCAGCCAGCUGGGCACCUCUCCCACCUGGAUGUCCCUGUUUGAGGAGAACCACCCUAACAGCGCCGCUCACCCUCGCCCAUGUACCUCUCGCCUGCCGAGCCACAGUCCUCUGAAUCCUCACCGCCACUCCCGGAGCCCUGUGAGCCCCCAGCGAGGUCUUCUGUCCUCGGACGCCAGCCUGACGUCAGACAGCGACAGCCACUGCAGCACCAGUCCCUGCUCUCGCCACCAUGGCUGGCCCGAACCCUCCCAGAACUUCUCCCUCUUGACGUCCUCCCCUUCUCGCCUGAGGCCUCGUACGCUGUCGCUGGAUGCCAAACUCAGUACUUUACGAGGGAGGGGUUACGCAGGCGGUGGGGCCUUUCACUGCCCCUGCCAGCCUCCCGCCACAUCUCGGUCACCGCUGUCACAGCGCAGCACGCAGACCACGCUGUCCUGCUCCAGCUCCACCUCCAGUAACAGCUCCAGCAACAGCGAGGGCGGACACAGCCCGGAGUCCUCUGAGUGCACCGCCUUCUCUCGGCCCUCGCCGGCUCGGCGAAGCCUCAGGAACCUCAGGGCCAGACUAGACCCCCGCAACUGGCUCCAAAGUCAGGUGUGACCUCCUGAGUGGGCUCAUCCAUAACCAUGUGACCCAGUCUCAUGAGAUUGUCGGGAGAGUGGUUCAUAAGGCUCCGCCCGUAAGGACAAACUGGAAUGUUCUCUAAGACAAGACUGGUGCCAAUCACUAGGACGCCCCAGUCCAAACACUUCAAAUGGGAGGUACUCACCCACUUUGACAGAGUUCGCUGCUUGGGAGCACCCUUCUACCUUCACCUACAUUCAACUGGAAGAUCCUUUUUUGAACAGUUUGCCUUCCUGGCUUCCCAUUCUUUGUGUCUCAUCAUCCAUUUGCAGUACUUUUUGGACUAAUUCAUGUGUUUUCUAACAAAGCUCUUUUUUUGUAUGCAACCAAGUCAAAGCAUGUGAUAGAAUGCAUUUAAAAGCUUAUCUCUUUCCAAGACUGUGAUGUCUAUUUAAUGAUGAUAAUAUUCUCACAUGUAUGAUCUCCUACCCACCACGCUUAGUUCAGGCUUUUUUUGCAUGACUUGCGUAAAAGAAUUUGGUCUAUUUAAUUUAAUUGCACACUUGGCCGGUCAUUACUGUGAUGCCUACACUUUGGUUAUUUCCAGUAGUAUGAGGAUGAAAAGAAAAAGUAUCAUUACAAGUAAAGAAAUAUUUCAAAGUUUUAAAGAAAUCAAGUUAUAAUUAUACAAGAAUCAAAAAUAAAAUAAAACAUAUUACAGGGAAAAAGUCACAAUAUUAUAAUGAAGUUUCAAAUGUUUUAGACAAAGGUUAGUUUUCCAAGAACAACGUUGAAUUUUUGUUCAAUAAUAACAAGAUAAGACGAUGAGGAAGAAAGUAAGGUCUCAGACUGUCCAAGAUGGAUAUAACUGCAACAGUCUGAGACCAGCAGCAUUUCAGGACCUUCCAUAUCCAGUACUUUAUUCAUCAGGUAAUACCAUUCAGCAUUUGUAGUUUUUCCCACCUCCAAAAUAUUCAAAUUUCUUUUUCCAAAAUUGUGCAUUUUUUCUCAGAUUAUUCCAACUUUAUUCUCAUAGAAUUCCGAUUUGUUUUGUUUUGAAAAUGACUUUUUUCAUGUCAUUAUUUUCAGUGUGGCCCUAAUACUCCUUUGUAAUUUAGAAACUUGAACGCACCCUUAAUAAAGUACUGCAUUAAACAUUUAAUAGGUCACCUUUUUUUAAAUUUAAUAUGAUUUAUCAUGUUCAUUUUUUUCACCAGGAAAAAUUUAUUUCACUUUUGUCUGCACCAUUUUGUUUAAAAGUCCAAUUGAAUUGAGUAAAAAGCCGUACUUCAUUCUUGCAAUGCGAACCAUAUAUCUGCUGAUUCAUGAAUGAUAAGACAUAAACAUAUCUGUAGUUCCCUGGUGGAACAACGUUCUGUAAGCGUCAGUGGUCGCCUGCAGAAAGUAAAAUAGUUGGGUUGCGCUCAUCUUGGACAUUCAUUUUUACUGUUACCAUCCCAAAUGCUUGCAAGCAGCAUUUGUUACUGUACUUUAUUUUUUUAAGGUCUAAAUGUUGUUUCUUUUUUGUUAACACUAUGAUUAUUUGCAUCUAUAUUGUCUGAUACUGUAGAAUUAUCAUAAGCUAUGACAUCAUCAUCAUCAUCAUCAUAAAUUGUGCUGACAGUGAGAACCGUGCAAGAGUUCACUGUACUGACAGGCUUUGAGUUCUGCAUGUAAACCAUCCGAGGAGACAUGAGAAAUGUGGGGAUCAAAAAUGAGUAAUAAU